AGACCAGGGCAUCAUACUGAACCUGGAGGGAGAAGGAGACAUUAAAGACGGUGACGAGGGAACCUGGUUGAUAGCGGACAGAGACAGAGAGGCUCAGAUCGUGAACCGGCGUGGGGGCGGUCCUCGGGGGAAGCGGGUGGCGAACCGUUACUAUACCGACAAGAACGUCACCUGUCACAGCUGUAAGAAGACUGGACACCUCUCCAAGAGCUGCCCUACGCCCCCGGAGCCGUGUUGCUUGUUGUGCGGGGAGCGUGGUCACGCGAUGCUGUCGUGUCCCAGCAAACAUUGCAGGAACUGCGGUCUGCCCGGUCACUUGGACGAGGUGUGUGUCGUACCCAGCCUCCGAUACAGAUGGUGUUUUCGCUGUGGUGUACAGGGACACCUUAACGACGCCUGCCCAGAGAUAUGGAGACAGUACCACAUCACGACUAAGUCAGGUCCUGUACUGGUGGUAGAAGGAGAGGACAACGCCAGGACCAACCCCUGCUGUUAUAACUGUUCUCUCAGGGGCCAUUUUGGAUUUGACUGCUCAGUGAGGAGAAUGUUUGGGUGUUUCCCCCAACUCUCCCCUCAUCAACCAAUAUGACUCCUGCCUCUCGAUCCGCAACCAGAUUACCGAGCUCAGCUCAGAGUUCAAGAGUUGAAGGACGCAGGCCUGUUUCCGUGUCAGGUCUCACCAGACGGUGACGCCCGAGACGAUCCGCCGGGCAAACGCCAGAGAACCGACUCUAACCUGAGCUACAGGCCGUACCAGAACUAUCCCCCUAAACCCUACCAUAGUGCUACUCCUAGCCGUACCCACAUCAGGUUCAGCGGCGGCCAGGAGAAACCCUGGACUCCUAAACGCAAACUAAAGGAGAGCAGAGAGGGGAAGCGUUUCACUACAGGUAC